AUGGCUAAACAAACUACUCAAGUCAGCAACGCUGGAGCCAAGACUCAAAUCCAUCAUUAUGAAAUUAUUGCUAGAAAGCUUCCAGGAAACUCAACUGAGAGACCACCACUCUUCAGAAUGCAAAUCUUCGCUCCAAACAAGGUCAUUGCUAGAUCUCGUUUCUGGUAUUUCAUGAGCAGAAUCAACAAGUUGAAGAAGGCCAACGGUGAAAUUGUUUCAUUGAAGGAAGUUAAGGAAGCUCAACCAGGUACUGUCAAGAACUUUGGUGUUUGGAUUAGAUACAACAGCAGAUCUAACAUUAGAAACAUGUACAAGGAAUACCGUGAUACAUCCGUCUCUGGUGCUGUUAAGCAAAUGUACGAUGAGAUGGCUUCCAGACACAUGGCCAGAUUCUUCUCUAUCCACGUCAGAAAGGCUGGACUCAUCGAAGAGGCUAAGAGAGCUCACAUUCAAACCUUCUCCGAUCCAGAGGUUAAGUUCCCACCUAUCUGGAAGAAGAAGAAGAUUGAAAAGCAAAACAAGACAAGAUUCGCUGCUGCCAAGCCAAAGUUGAUCCUUACUGCAUAA